UAUAGAUUUUCAUAUUGAUAACAGUAUGCAAUUAUGUGAAAGGAAUGUCAGAUGUCAUUUGAAAACAUUCUUGACCCUAGAUUAUAAUCCCUUGAUUUUCCCUGAGACACAGUUAUUGGAAUAUUCAUAAUGUAGGGAAAAAGGAUUAUUCAUUCAUUGAUAUAACUAUUUAUAUAUAGUGCUGAAGUAAACAGAAAUGAUGUAAGACUUGAAUGGAGAAUACACCUGUAGAUAUUUAGCUGUUAUGUCAGAACUUGAUGCACAGUUAGAUGAAUUGAACAGUUCUGAUGUAAGUAGACCAAAGGAAGGAUCUAAGGAGGGACGUAAACAGUUACCACCAAUCCCAGAUUCAGAAGAAGAUAUGGCGGGUACACAGAAACAGAUUAAAACUGGUAUCCAUGGAUUUGAAAACUUCAAAUUAGAAUACUCACUGAUGGCUGAGUAUAAAUUACUGAUGCAGCAGAAAAUUCCAGGGUGCUAUUUGAUGCCAUCAGCUUUAUCACCUCUUAUUUGGUAUGGUAUCUUAUUUAUGAGACAAGGCCUGUACCAGGAAGGUGUAUUCAGAUUUAAAUUAACAAUUCCAGAUAAUUUCCCUGAUGGGGAUUGUCCUAGUCUAGUCUUUGAUUUUCCUGUCUUUCAUCCUCUAGUGGAUCCUUCUACUGGGGAACUUGAUGUAAAAAGAGCUUUUCCAAAAUGGAGAAAGAACAAUAACCAUGUAUGGCAGGUGCUGUUGUAUGCUAGAAGAUGUUUUUAUAAAAUAGAUACAAAAUCGCCAUGGAAUCCAGAAGCUUCUGUAUUAUAUGAAGAAGAUACAGAUUUGUUCAAGAAAAAAGUGUUGGAGACAGUUGCUCUUAGUAAAGAUAAAUCUAAAGAACCUGUCAAAUCAGAUGACCCUCAUACAAUAAGAUAUACACCAUGGGACCCAAAUAUACAUGAAGACGCCAGAAAACAAAUGAUUAAACCUAAGUCAAAAGGUAGUGAGAGUCAAACGUCAACAAGGACAAAUGGUCUGUCGUGGAUGAAGAAUGGAAGUCUACAGAUAUUAUCCAGAGAAGAUUCAGGCCUUGCGUGAUAGAAAAGUGGAAUUUUAUGCAUUCAUGUGUUCAUAUUGAUUUUGUUAGACAUUUAAUUUAUCCCAUGUAAUAAUAAAACUGAUAAGAUGUGAUUGCAAGAGACAAAAACUAAUGUUGUGUUAUAACAUAUGUUUUUACAAUUAUGAAGUAAAUUUUGUAAGCAUCUGUUCUGAUGCAUUGAAUAUUACUAUCUCGAAGAAAGGUGUCUUAAAUAAGGUUGUUCUAUAUAUUAUGUAUGACUGCCAAUUAAUCUUGAUCAAUUGUAUCACCUUUCAUAAUAAAAAGGAUUUGUAUAUUAUAUAUAUGUAUAUGUACCUGUACAGUACGCUAGUCUUGUUGAGUAUGGGCAUAUUAUGGUAUAUUGCUGUCCUGAGUGAGCAAGCCAUAUUUCAAAUUUUUCGCAAGGAAAUUUCAAAUUUUGUUUUACCAAAUCUAAUAAUAGCAUUGUAUUAGAUCAGAAUUGAUUUAACUUUAAUUCAUAUUCUGUCAUUCUACAGAAUUAUUUUUAUGCACUUCUAAUAAUUUUAUAUCUUAAAAUGACAAGAUCAGUUGGACAAGUUUCCCCAAUGUUGUUCCAAUAUAACAGAACUUUAUUUGUGAAAAAAUUAUGUUUUUCAUAUUUUACACAGAAACUCCCUUAUUACUGAUUAUACUUUCUUUUUGUGUGCAAGUCAUUUUACAAUUUAUUAGGUAUGUAGGUUAUUAUGUAGGUACUAAGUCAUCUAUUUAUUUGAGCUGUUGUUAGAUUGUCAUGGUGGGCAAAUCGGUUGCUGUUUGUUGAAGCAGCUUUCCAUCAUAGCAUUGCAAAAUGUAAAUGUGGUUUACUUUAGAGAUGUGGUCUUUCACAUUCCUUCACUGACCUUAUCUUUUACCUCAACUGACCCUAAAGGACAAAUGAGUGUUGCAAUCACAUCAUUCCAUUUCCUAUUCAAUACAGCAUUUUUUACACUCCAACCUUAAGCUGAUUGUUUCAAAAUCAUCUAGACUUGUCCUUGUCCAUCUGUAUUUACAUCUGCUUUGAUUGAUUACUGGCAAAUUCUUUGUUGAAGUUCAUUUGACAAAUACCUGUAAAUGCCUUUGUUUGUGAUAUGACAGAUUUUUCAACAAAUUGUGAGUCAUGUCAAUAUUCGUUUCAUGCAUAAGUGCCAUUUAGAUGUGUUGUGUUUGUUCAUUACAGAAACAAAUAAUGAUGUAUUGGGGAUAUUUCAGUACAUUUAUUUUUCUUCUUUUAUAGGCUUUUUUAAAUACAGUAUAUUUCUAUUACAAUGUAAUCAUGAUAAAUCAGCCACAUGUGUGAUUGGUUUAGUUUUUAGUUAGAGUCAAAUGUCAAAAAUAUUUAAAGUAAGGCCAAUGAUUUUUUACAUCUGUAACACAUCUUAGCGACAUUUAAACCCACCAUGUUGACACUUUAUGAAUUUUUUGGUCCUAUGCUUUUCAUCUUCGUACUUUGUUUGGCCUUUUUGGCUUUUUUUUAUUCGAGCGUAACUGGUGAGUCUUUAGUUGAUGAAACGUGCAUCUUGCACAAGUGCAUAAUUUCAGUCCUGGUUAUAUAAUGUGAAACAUGUUUGAAAAUUUAAAUGUUAUAAAGUUAAUUUUCCUAGUCCCAAUUACCCUGUGAAAAGGUUGGCAUAGCCUAUAUGUUUAUGAUAGCCUCAGUUCAUCUGUCAACUUCAAAUUUUGAACUUUUCAAAUUGGUCCAAUAUAUAAUUACCUGAAUCAGAUAUUUUUCUGCUUCAUUAAUGUAAUAGGGUAAGAUGGUCUUCAUGACCUCCAUUUAACAUUUUUAUAAAGUUCAAACAUUUAUGAGGAGAUGUUAUCUGUGAAAAUUAUUACAGGAUGCCUUUAUAUACUGUGUCAGUUGAGACUUGGCUAUGAGGAGAAAUCUUAAUCAUGCAAGUUAGCAAUGGACCUCUUGUUUGUAAUCACUAGGUUGAAUAAACAUUCCAUAGAAUGUAAUUUCAAUAUUUGUAUGUGUGAAAUGUGUCAUGCCCUGUAAGUUUGUUUACCUAAAAAACAACACUAAAAUUAUAUAAAAUAUAUAUUCUAGUGUUAUGUCAUUUGUGGAUAUUAUUCUAAUGGGCGUUAGUUUCAAAAACUGAAUAAUUUAUGUCAAUUAGAAUUACAGAACAGCAAAAACUUCAAUCUGAUGAAGUUUGCUUUUUAGUGCAAACUUUAAACUGAAUAUGCAUAUAAACUAUUUUUUUUAAUCUUUAAGGCAUUAAAGUCUCAGAGUUUAUUAAAUAUAUUGCAUUUUUGUUUCUCUUAGUUAGUAUUUCAAAGUACAAGCAUCUGUCAACUGCAUAAUUUGAAGAAAAAAAAUACAGCCCUGGGAUUUGUCCUCAAUGGACCUUAAUUAAUAGUGCUCUGUUUGUUCUUUUGGUGCUCAGACUUACCUCUCAUUAAAUUUUAAAAUAUCCUUUUAAAAUAUUAUUGUUUUAAUUCUUUACAACAUGAUUGUAUGCUUGCCAAAAUUGAGAUAAUGAUGAUUACAAUAUAUGUGGUGACUUCAAUAUUGAUACAUGUAAAAUUUAUAUGGAUUAAAAAAUGUUAUUACACUAGACAUCAAAUUUUGGAGAGAGGGAAAAUAUUUUAGUUGACUUAUAAAGCAUGCAUGAAACAGAAGAUUCAAUAAGGAAGGGUGAGAAAAAAAAUAAUGUUUUACCAAAGGUUACUUUAUUAUAACAUCAUUAUCAUGUAUAUCAAUGUUAUACAUUCUUAUACUCUGAAUGAAAUAUUAUGAAUAUUGUUGAUAAUAAAGAUCUUUAAAAUUCA